AUGGGUGAGACCGCCGCGCCAGAGAGCUCUGCAGCCAAAGAAACCACCCUCCCCGACCGUACGGCCAUGGACGCCGCCAACCCCCCCUCGAAAGCUGCCCCGCCGAAAGCGGGCAAGGCGAAGCCCAAACCCGCGGACGAGAAACCGCUCCCGGACUUUAUUGUUGAGAGGAACGAGCUGUUCGACCAGCUGUUUAAGCAGCAGGUGGAGGAUCUGAGGAACAAGCCGCGGUUUGACAUCACGGUGACCCUGGAGGUUGGAGACGGGGCGCCGUCGACCGUGAUCGCGAAGGCAUGGCAGUCUACGCCAGGCUCGUUCUUGAAGGAUAUACCAAAGGAAAUCAGCUCCAGCGUCGUCAUUGCUAAGCUCGACGGAAAGGAGCUCUGGGACUUGGAUCGUCCGCUCGAGAGGGACUGCCGCAUCCGCUACCUCCCCUUUGACUCCACCGAGGGCAGAGAGGUGUUCUGGCAUUCCAGCGCCCAUACGCUCGGAGAAGCUGCCGAAUGCCAGUACGGGUGUCUCCUAUCACACGGCCCUCCGACUGCCCAUGGUUUCUUCUACGAUAUGGCAAUUCCUGAGGGUGGCGUCGUCACCCAGUCGGAUUGGCCAUCUUUGGAUGCGAAAACUGCAAGGAUUUUCAAGGAGAAACAGUCCUUCGAUCGGUUGGAGGUCUCCAAGGAGAAUUUGAAGAAAAUGUUUGGAUAUAGUAAAUAUAAGCUACACUAUAUUGAUAAUCUUGUCGAGGGAGAGAGCAGCACUGUCUAUCGAUGCGGAACCCUCGUGGACCUGUGCCGUGGACCUCAUAUCCAGAACACAGGCAAAAUUAAGGCAAUGAAGAUCAUGCAGAAUUCCUCCGCAUAUUUCCUGGGUGACCAGACCAACGAUUCUCUGCAGAGGAUACGCGGUGUUGCGUUCCCAGACAAGAAAUUGCUAGCAGAGCAUCUCAAGUUCAUGGAGGAGGCAGAGAAACGCAACCACCAGAAGAUUGGCAAAGAGCAAGAGCUGUUCUUUUUUGACGAAGUUUCCCCCGGGUGCCCCUUUUUACUUCCCAACGGAACCAAAAUUUUCAAUGCUCUACAAAAACUACUCCGCACAGAGUAUCGAAAGCGAGGCUACCAAGAAGUGCAGUCCCCCAACAUGUACGACGUCGGUAUAUGGCGCCAGUCAGGUCAUUGGGCUCAUUAUAAGGAUGAUAUGUUUAAGCUUGCCGUGGAAAAACGCGACUGGGCGCUCAAACCAAUGAACUGUCCUGGUCAUUGUAUUAUGUUCGGCCACAGGGAGCGAAGUUACCGAGAGCUACCUCUGCGAAUGGCGGAUUUUGGUGUCCUUCACAGAAACGAGGCAUCCGGUGCUCUACACGGACUGACCAGAGUCCGAAAGUUCCAGCAGGAUGACACCCAUAUUUUCUGCACUGACAACCAGAUUAUGGAAGAGAUUGAGGGCCUCUUUGACUUCCUCCGUUCGAUCUAUGGUCUGUUUGGAUUCAGUUUUAAACUGAAGCUCUCUACCCGACCAGAGAAAUACCUUGGAAAGCUGGAGACCUGGGACUUUGCUGAGGCGCAAUUACGAGAGGCCCUCACCAAAUUCAAGGGUGCAGACUGGGAUAUCGAUGAAGGAGAUGGUGCCUUCUACGGACCAAAGAUUGACAUCACUAUUUCUGACGCCCUGAAGCGAGAAUAUCAGUGUGCCACCAUCCAGCUCGACUACCAACUGCCCCUGAACUUUAAACUCGAAUACAUGACUGGAGAGACUGCUCCCAAGUCCGCUGCUCCGGCCGCUGCUCCGGCCGAAACCCAACCUGAGGCCCAACCUGAGGGCGAUUCAAAGCCAACUCAACCAGCAAGCGCCGACUCCGCCCCCGGCCCAGGAAGAGCUAGGCCUGUUGUUAUUCAUAGGGCUAUUAUUGGCAGUUUCGAACGAUUCUUCGGAAUUUUGAUUGAACAUUUCGGCGGCAAGUGGCCGUUCUGGCUCAGUCCUCGACAGAUCUUAAUCAUCCCUGUCAUGACUAGCGCUCACGACUACGUUGAAGAGCUCCAAGAGAUUCUUCGAGGCGAUAAGUUGAACGUGGACAUCGAUCUUAGUGGAAACACGAUGCAGAAGAAGAUCCGAAGCGGUCAAUUGGCCCAAUACAAUUUCAUCUUCGUGGUUGGUGCCCAAGAGAAGGAAUCACGCUCUGUCAACAUCCGUAACCGUGAUGACCCCAGCUCGCAGACGAAAGGUAGUCUUGUACCGCUGGAGGAAGCUAGAACUAAGCUACGCGCUCUUCGAAAGGAACGCCGCCUGGAGAAUUCGCUCUAA